AAGGUCAGAGGUGUUGUGUUGUAAACGGGAACUCUUCGUGUGACGUAGGAAUUACGUCUAGAGUCUGAGGUCAAAGGUUAUGUCAGUGGAUUAGUGUCUCAGGAGGACUGGGUUCAUGUCUCGUAGAAGCAGCAUUGAGGAGGGAUAGAGGCUCAGACACCGACAGCUAUUCAUCCGAGCAGGAUAAAGGACAGAAGGAAGAAAACAACACAGUGAGAUGAGUGGUCUAGAGGGGGUACUGUUGAAGUGGCCCCUGGGUCUGCUGCAGGAAGAGGCGGGAUCCCCCUCUACCCAAGAGAUAAUUCUCCCGGACUACCAAAGCAUACUGCAGGACACAGAGUACGAUUUCAGCCUGGAGAACGGCGUGCUGACCGGCCUGGAAGACGGCUGCCUCCGUCAGCCCGGCCCCCCGGCCCCCCGCUCCCCAUCCCCGGCCGGGGCCCCGCAGCCCUCCUGCCCGCCCUACUGGCUCAUGUUCAGCAGCCCCCAGCAGAGCCGCCUGGCCGGCCGCUACAGCUCCGACGUCUGGGAGCCCGACCCCCGGCCGCGCUCCAACAGCCUCAACCUGCCCCCCCGGCUCCCCUUCGCCAGCCCCUGCGGCGACGGCCGCGGGGAGGGGCCCGACGCCCGGGGGGCCCCGCCCGGGAGGGACCUCUCUACGGCGGGGAACCCGCUCCAGCACGGCGCCAGGAAGGCGCAGAAGGCCUUCAAGCCCAGCCUGCUGGACCCCCCCGCGUGCCUGAGCAGCCUGCCCCACCAGCGCCGCAAGAACCUGCGGCAGUGUUCGCUGCCGGCGCUGGAGGUCCGCGGGGCCCCCCAGGAGAACCAGGGGCCGGGCUUGAGUGGCCUGGCUGUCCCACAUCCCAGCAUCAAGGCCCUUCGCAGACCUCUGGUGACCAGGACCAGCUCCAUCGACAGAGUGUUCGCCGCCUCGCAGCACAAGGCACCGCACCCGAAGACCCCCUGGGUGGAGCUGCUGUCCGCUCUGAGCCCCGAGGAGAGAGGGCUGCUCCGGGCCAUCACAGACCGCGGGUACCCCCUUCACACCGCCUUCAUCGCCCUGCAGAAGACCGGUCAGCUCGCCCCCGACCAGAUUUUCAGCUACCUGGGGGCUUAUGAACAUCUCUGUGAGCUGGGCUACGACAAAGCCCAAGUAGAGGAAGCCCUGGAGAUGUUUUCCAACUCUGAGACAAAGGCGGAAGAGUUUCUGAAUCUCCUGAACCAGUUCAACGAGAUGGGCUUCCAGCAGAACGUCAUCAAGGAGGUUCUGCUGGUCCACGGCAACCAUCGAGAGCGGGCCUUGGAGGAACUGAUGACGCACGUGGCGUGACACACAGUUUACCGUACUUUAAUCGUUGCAAAGUCUGUUGCUGCACGCCACGUAGGUGACUUCUUUUGGGAUCCUCCAUAUAAAGGACGCAGGGUAGUGGUGUUAGAAAGCUGGUUUAUUGAAAAUGUUUGAUGAUUAACAUCUCCACACCCCAGUGUGUGUGGAGAUGGCUGGUUUAACCGGUCACACAUUGAUUGAUCAAUGUGAGACAGGUGUGCCGCCUCAGUCCUAUCAGUCUGACUCGGGCCGGGUGAGGCUGAUCAAACCAGCAAUAAUCCCCACACACACUCCCACGGUUGUCUUGUCUUUUAUUGACAUGGAAGGAAGUAGCUUCUGUUAGUCAGCCCAAUGGUCAGACUGGACCAAGGGUGCAGAUACAGUGGCCUUCGGUAAGAAAGAGCACGUGUUUAAUGUUCUGGGAAACCCCCUCAGAAAUGUGAUGCCAUUGGGUUGUCCACACUGCCACAGGUGUUGUAUUGACUUGUAUAUAAAAUGUGUUUCAUUAUGUUGCUGCAAGUGGAAUUCUGUAUUUAAUUUAUCUGUAUUUGUGAUGCAUGCAUGGUGGUUUUUUUUUACAAGUGGUGUUUUUGUAUUUGAUUUGACAAUAUCAAUAAAUAGUUACCCCAUACAAUUCAAUAAAUUAAUACUCAUUAGAAUAUUUUAUAAG